AUGGCCUCACCUGUCCUCUCCCGUGCCUUCGCACGCGCUCUUGCCAGCACCACCAAAUUCAGCCGACCUCAGUAUCUCCGCCUAAGAGCUCAUAACCAGGCCACGAGAGCUCCCAUCCGGAGCUUCACUGCGAGUACACAAGGUGAGACACAUUGACGCCUCACACGAAUCGCGCCUCUCGUCUCUUCAAGACGCUCGGAAGUCUCGACAACUCUGGUCCUUUUGAAGUGCUCGAUAGACUAGUCACCGGCACAUAUCUGGCUGAAAUUGGUGUUUCGGCGCAUUCGGAUGCUGUUCCCGAACGCAUUAGAGGACGCGACUGACAUUGAGUGUACAGUAUGGACAAAGCGCUACACCGAAGACCAUGAAUGGGUCGAGCUCUCUGAAGACGGCACAACCGGUACUUACCAGUACCCCGAUCUUUCCAGUCCAAGUACCUCCUAAUUUUCUACGUUCCAGGCACGAUUGGAAUCUCAGAAUACGCCUCCAAGGCUCUUGGAGACGUUGUCUUUGUCGAGCUGCCUACACCCGACCUCGAAGUCAGCGCUGGCGAAUCCAUCGGCGCUGUGGAAUCCGUCAAGUCAGCCUCCGACAUCAUGACUCCCAUCUCGGGCACAAUCAUUGAAGCGAACAGUGCGCUAGAGGAGAAGCCCGCAACAAUCAAUAAGAGCCCUGAAGGAGAGGGCUGGCUGGCGAAGAUCAAGGUCUCAGCGCCUGAUGAGGUGGAAGCACUCAUGGAUGCCGAGGGGUACAAGAAAUUCACCGAGGAGACGGAUGACCAUUAA